CUAUCCCCCGCUUUUCUUCCAACCCCGCUCUUACCUAGCCUCCGCAUUAAGCAUCAUCAGUUCGAGCCAGGGCCAAGAGAUCGACUAUUCCCGAGCUAUCCGUUUCCCCACCUGACCUCUAAAGCAUGACGACGAGACUCGACAUUCCCCGAUGGAUGGACUCAGUGUUGCUGCCAACGUCAUCGCAGUCGUUGAGUUGUCCGCCAAUGUGAUUAGGCAUUGCGUGCAGUACGCCCAGGACAUCAAACACGCCAAAGACGACAAAGCACGACUAUCCCAAGAAGCAACCCGCCUACAUUUAGCAUUGAAGAAUGCUGACGAUUUACUAAAUGGCCCGCAGGGCGCGAGGCUCAAGGGUUCCAGGGCACUCUCUGUCGCAACGGGAAACAGCGAGGCCCAACUUCGACGGCUGGACGAACUGCUUGCCUUUGGACAGACGACCAAGUCUGGGAAAAAUGCAGGCUUAGUUGCCAUGAAGUGGCCGUUUCAAAGCAAGGAGGUUGAAACGCUUAUCCAAGGCCUCCAGCGGUGCACUGAGGCCAUCUCUUCAGCCCUGCAAGUUGAUCAGACUACAAUCAUUCUUGACACCGACCAGAGGACCACUCUCGACCGACUCCCUGUCGCCGAAGGGGCAAGCUAUGACUCUCGGGCUGAGGAAUGUAACCCGACCUGCCUGCAAAAUACCCGGGUCGACCUCCUCCGCCAAAUACAGAAAUGGGCCAAGGACCCUACUGCCAAGGCUAUUUUUUGGCUCAACGGUAUGGCUGGCACGGGAAAGUCUACAAUAUCCCGUACGGUUGCUCAGUCUUUUGCAAGCUCAGGCUGUCUCGG